CCGGAGAACUGGACCGACACCCGUGAGACACUGCUGGAGGGGAUGCUCUUCACCCUCAAGUACCUGGGCAUGACGCUGGUGGAGCAGCCCAAGGGCGAGGAGCUCUCUGCGGCCGCCGUCAAAAGGAUCGUGGCCACCGCGAAAGCAAGCGGCAAGAAACUGCAGAAAGUGACCCUGAAAGUCUCGCCCAGAGGGAUCGUGUUAAACGAUGGCGGGACGAACGAGCUGAUCGAGAACGUCUCCAUAUACAGGAUAUCCUACUGCACGGCAGACAAGAUCCACGAUAAGGUGUUUGCCUACAUUGCCCAGAACCAGCUCAAUGAGAACCUGGAGUGCCAUGCCUUCCUCUGUCCCAAGCGGAAAAUGGCUCAAGCCGUCACCCUCACCGUGGCCCAGGCCUUCAAAAUCGCGUUUGAGCUGUGGCAAGCGGCUAAGGAAGAGAAGGAGAAGCGGGAAAGGUCCAUCUUGGAAGGAGAAGGGAUGAGCAGCCCCAGCUCGGACACCCCUGCCCGUCCCGACACGCCCGCAGCCACGGGGAACUUGCUGGAUCUGGAGGACCCUGCCAAAUCCCCCCUGAGCAGCAGCGCCAACUCCCCGCACUUGGAUAACAGCGUCUUUGGGCCCAGCUCCUCAGUGAAUAACAACGUGGUGUGGGAAAUGGAUGAUGAUCUCGACGAGGCGUUUUCAAGGCUGGCUCAGUCGAGGACGAACCCGCACGUCCUCGACACGGGGCUGACGGCCCAGGACAUCCAGAGCGCGGAGACGCUCUCCCCUGUGGACUGGAACAAAAUCGAGUCCAACACGGGCGAGAAAGAUGAUCUGUUCAUGUUUUGA